GCGCCUUCGACCGCGCCACGGUCGUUCCCGCGUGAGCUCGCUUCGAACCUGCGUCGGCGCACCACCGCCACUGCAGCUAUCUAUGCCCAUAUCUCGCGAUAUUAUCCCCGAUACUAGUAAUUAUCAGAUACAAACCUCUCAGACUCGAUUACGGGAGCCGGUAUCUAUGCGGAGCUUCCCGCCCGCGAGAUACACUAUCGGGGAGAAGUUAACGUAUCUAGUCCCCGCUUAUAAGGCGGGUAGCGGCGACGGUAGCAACGAUAGUGCAUUCGUGGCGGGCUGCGCGCGAGGGUCGGCUGUCGCCCGCCCUGUGGCGGCGUCGAUGCGGACUCGUGAAGGGUGCGCGGGCCGAGGGGCGAGGGGCGACGGGGAGUCGCCCCCGCCGCUGACCACCUCACCUCCCCGCCGCACCUGAAGCCCGUCACGUCCACCGUCCACGCUGCUACUCUGCUAUGAGUGCAACAACCCUGAUGACCAAUUCAUCCACGGCCUAGGCCCUAGGACUCAGCCAGAGUCGUCUUUGACACAGCUGCGUGGAUAUUUAUAUGUAAGAACAGCUAAUAAUUGUGGAGUAUCGUUAAAUUUGCUUAGAUAAUGUUUUCAUGUAUUGCACUAAUACGUUACUCAAUUAUAGGAAACGUUUACUCAUCACCGCAGCCAUCAGGAAGACGAUUUUCUUAAUUGUAAUACUUAGUCCAUAGACGUGUGUGAUGUUUAAGUCACGGCGCCAUAGUUGCAGCCGUCGGCGAUUAUGCGUGGCUGGCUCUAUGCGACGUACUUUCCUGUUAACAUUCCUUCUAUUAAGGUACAAACUAGCCUUAAGAAAUGUGUGGGCUGUAUUUGUAAAAGCUGGCAGGAGAUAAUUUGCCGAGAUCGGAAAGUUAUUGCUCGAACACAAUGACUUAUAUUUAACU